CAGACACUGACUCCCUCCCCUGCUCCCCAGCCCCUGGCACCAGCAUUUUUACUUUCUAUGACAAGGUGAUGACUCCAGGCUCCUCAUGACUAGAAUUAGAGUAUUUGUUCUUUUGUGUGUUUGUUAUUUCACCAGCACAAGGAAAUGAAUAACAUCCCCCACCAAGUUCCUAUGUUGACAUCCUAAAAGUGGUGGUCUUAAAAUGCUAGAAGGUGAGUGGGGUCAUAAGUGGGUCUGUAAGACCCCAAGGGAGUGCUUGCAAGCCCUUCCCUGUGAGGAUGAAAUGAGAAGGCAUGAGGAUGAGCCAGGAAGUCUGUCUUCACCAGACAGCAAAUCUGCCUUGCUUCAACUUCUAGCCUCUGGAACUGCGAGAAGCAAGCCGUUAAGUUGUAGUGUAUUGAAGCCUAAACUAAGACAAAUACCCUCUGAGUUCGUUCAGGCUGUAGUACGUUUGUUUAAAGCCUGAUGUUUGCUGGGCAGUGGUCGCUCACACCUUUAAUCCCAGUAUGGGAGGCAAAGGCAGACUUAUCUCUGUGAGUUCCGAGGCCAGCCUGGUCUACAGACUGUGUUCCAGGACAGCUGGGGCUACACAGAGGAAUUCUGUCUUGAAAACAAAACAAAACAAAAACAGAAAAAGCCUGAUGCUUUAUGCUGAGAUGAGGACAUGCCAUUCUCACAGUAAUGUGAUAGAUCUCUCUUUUGGAAGCCAUCUCAAUAUAUUGCUCAAUAUAUAUUUGUCUUGAGCUCCUGGGUGCAGACAGUCCUGCUUCAGCCUUCCAGAUAACUGUGACUACGGUUGUAUGCCACCACCCCCAGCCAGGUAAUACGUAUGACCAUGCCCAGGUUUUCAUUGUCUGGGCUACAAUGGACAGUGAGUAGGACAGCUGACCAUCCACACUAGCCCUAGCAUUUCAGUGGGAUGUACCCAGGAUCCCAAAAUCUGCUCUGUUCAGAGCUUCGGUGUGGGGAAAUGACUGCCUAUUUGCUGUGGCAGUAUGACGUCAGGGCUGUUCCGCAGCACCCUCAGCACCUGUCAGUGUGAGAAUGGAGAUCUAUAGGGAAGCAGUUUCCAUCUGAACCUCAGGGCAUUUGGGUAAAAUGCACCUAGUGAGGAAAGUCUUUAAUCCCAGGACUCAGAAGGCAGAGGCCAGCAGAUCUCUGAGUUCAUGGCCAGUCUGGUCUACAGAGCAAGUUUCAGGCCAGCUGGGGCUACAUAGUGAGAUCCUGACUCAAACAAACAAGGGGUUGGAGGGCUUGAGGGGUGACAGCUGAGGCCUGUCUAAACUCCAGAUGAACACAUACAUCAUAUCCAAGUAUUCAAAGUUUGUUUUAUGUUGUUAACACACAGCCCAGACCAUGGUAACUGGCAUGGUCACUACCCACUGCUCAACCAAAGUUCCCUAUUCUGGAAGCAAAGUCUCAGGGCCUUUCUCCUGGUGAAGCCCAGUCCCCCCAAGAAGAGGGCACUGGACUCCCUGAGACUAGAGUUACAGAGAGUUGUGAGCCACCAUGUGCUGGGGAUCAAACCUGGGUCCUCUGGUGCUCUUAGCCAUUGAACCAUCUCUCCAGUCCCAAUGUUCACUUAUUAAAUGUGGAAACACAGGGAAGUGUGUGUUAGCCAUUGCUUCACCCACGUUCUAGAAGGAACAAGCAGAGGAGGUGACCACUCAGUAGGGGAAAUCUUGAAACUGAGGCAAUCGAUUCAUUGGUUAUUUGUUUUUAACUUUUAAAAAAUGUAUAAAUGGCCGGGCGAUGGUGGCGCACGCCUUUAAUCCCAGCACUCGGGAGGCAGAGGCAGGAGGAUCUCUGUGAGUUCGAGGCCAGCCUGGGAUACAGAGUGAGUUCCAGGACAGGCUCCAAAGCUGCACAGAGAAACCCUGUCUCAAAAAACCAAAAAAAGAAAAAGAAAAAAAAUGUAUGAGUGUUUUCUCUGUGUUUAUGUCUGUGUACCAUGCAUGUACCUGGUGACUCAGAAGCCAGAAGAGGGCAAUGGGUCCCUUGGAACUGGAAUUACAGAUGGUUGUGAGCCACCAAACCCCAGGAGUCGUCUCUCCAACCUCUUGUUGGUUUCAUUUUUGUGGGUGCACUGAGCACAUACUGCAGCCAUUUGUUCUGAAAGCUGGAACAGGGUUUAAGAUGCUCUAUGGGAGAUCUGUCUCAGUCCUGGGCCUAGCGUAGCACACCCAGACCUGUGUGUGCUGGGUUCUCAUUGGUUUCAUCCUGGUAGGACAGGAACCCACAGCCCUUGGCUUCAGAGAGUUCAAGACAAUGGGAUGUAUACAGACUGCCCCCAAAAAGGAGCUCCUCCAAGCCCUGGUGAAGCUCCCAGCCAUUUUAAACUAUUUGGUCUCUGGCCCCAGCACCAUUUAGGAGUUCUGGUUUGGUUUUGCCUCUAUACGGGCUGGCCUCCUGUACAGGCCCUAAUCCCAUGAAGCCACUCACAAACUGAAGCAGAAAGCUUACUUCUCACCCUUCACCCAUCACUGCCACCAAGUUGGGCAGCAGUGGCCAUACCAGGGCCAUCUGGGCUGGGGCAUCAGAGAUCCUAGGGCCAAGGCUGUGCCUGACCUGUUUUCGAAGGUGCUUAUCUGGCAUUUUUGUCCUUCCCACACGGACUUACUUCCUGAACUUUCCCACAAUCUGUCAGGCCCCAGAGAUUUGCGUGUCACCCCAGAACCAAGCGCCUAAGGGCUCUCCAGCUGUUGGAACCACCUCUCCUCUGGCCCCGCCCCAAUCCAUGUGGCACCGCCCUGCCCACAACUCCCGCCCACCACCCGUUCUGCAGCCAUGGUUGCGCUCAAGGGCAUCCCGAAAGUGCUGUCCCCGGAGCUGCUAUUUGCGCUUGCGCGGAUGGGGCAUGGAGACGAGAUUGUUCUUGCAGAUGCGAACUUCCCUACUUCCUCCAUCUGCCAGUGCGGGCCUGUGGAGAUCCGAGCAGAUGGCCUGGACAUCCCACAGCUCCUGGAGGCUGUGCUGGAGCUGCUGCCCCUGGACACCUAUGUGGAAAGCCCGGUUGCUGUCAUGGAACUAGUGCCCAGUGACAAGGAGAGGGGCCUGCAGACCCCAAUAUGGAACCGUUAUGAAUCCCUGCUGCUCAAAGCUGACUGCAAGAAAGCUCUGAUGAAGAUAGAGAGAUUUGAAUUUUAUGAACGUGCAAAAAAGGCAUUUGCUGUUGUUGCAACUGGGAUGGCAGGCGGAGUACCCUGAGAUGAGAACUGUGCCUGAGGUCACUGUCAGAGCCUUGCUAUUCAUCUUCAGGACCCUGGACUUGGAACGCUGGACUGUAAUGUGGAGACGCUAGAUUUAUCUAUAACGUGGACUCACCUGUAGUGUGGGGGCAGUGGACUCAAGUAAUAUGAAGACCCCUGAUUCAUCUAGGAGAUGGAGCAUUGGCUCCUGCUUCAUGGGGCUUAGAGGCCAGGGUGCAUGUGAGCCGUCACUCCUCCCACUCAUGUCCUUGGAGGAGUGGGGACAUGAGACACACAUCGAGUUCUCGGGUGCGUGAGAUCAAUAAAUAACCUACAUGGCUGCUUGGGGUUUGGGUGCAUUGGGAUGGAGAGCUGAUGGCCUCUCUUAAGCUGAAAAAUGUGGGGCUCUGCGGCCCCUAGUGCCUCCCUCCCACUGCAAGGGUGGGAUUGGUAGUCACCCUGGUACCUAUAUGCCAUGUGUGAAGUAAUUCAUCUUAGGUGCUUAGGCCUGAGUGAGGCCAUGUGGACAGGCACCCCAGAAAGAUCCAAGUGCUGCCCAGAAAACUAGGACAGAAAGUAUGUGUCCUGACUCACUCUUCUGAGCACCUACAUCUGUGUGGACCUGUUUACCUACGUAUCUAUAUGCAUAUGCGCAGCCACACACCUCUAUACCUGUGCACACAUGCAGCUAUGUACCUGCCACCCCAUACCUCUGUGCUUGUGUAACUACCUACAUACUCUAUGGAACUACACAUGGGCACCACCUAUAUACAUCUUUGUAACUAUGUACCUGUUCAUGCCUGUACCUAUGUGUCUGAACAUUUCGCUGUGCGUUUGUGCACGUGUGUACCUAUACACAUGUGAUACCAUAUACAGUCAUCAACCUGAGUCCCACCUAACCUCUUGCCCAUUCAUCAGACAUUUCCUUUCUCAGGCUCUUCUGUGCGAAUUCCCAGAGAGGUUUCACUUCCCUGCUGAGGCGGCUGCUGCCAACUGGUUCCCACACACUUGACUGCUGAUGUAAUAUCACUUCAUCUCCACAUUCAGAGAGAUGGGCCCAAGGAGGAGAACUGUUCAUGAGUUGAAUGUCAGCUAGACCCUGUGCCCCAUAGAAAGCUUUUAGUGAGCCAUAAGUAGGGCAGUGAUACUGCUUCCUCCUAGACACAGCUGCUGUGCCCCAGGACUGCUGACCUUAAAGAUACUCAAGGCUUC